UCAGUGGACAACAUUAAACCAGUGAUUGUGCAGAAUAUUCCAUGCGUCUUGCAGCACAGCAUGACUUGGUUUCAGCAGGGGCUCAGCUUCAUCUUAGGGUUGCUCUUACUGGCAGCGUCCACAUGCCAUGGGAAACUGGUUUGUAAGGAGGGCCAGAGCGGUCCGACACAUCAAUCUGUGAAAGCCGUGUUUGACCUGCAACCCUUCAGGCCAGCUGUAAACCUCAGUAACCCCACCAUUGCCAACAUCUCCUUCACCCUUUAUGCCAUCCUCGGAGUGAAUGAAAAAGCUCAGAUACUGACUACAUUUCUGUGGCUCAGACUGUUCUGGCACAAUGAGUAUCUGGUUUGGGAGCCGGAGAAAUGCGAUGGUGUCACUAGGAUUUCUCUCCCUGUAAAGGAGCUGUGGUCUCCAGACAUCAUUGUUUACGAGUUUGUGGACGAUGAUGUCUCCCAAGCGUGUCCUUAUGUCUACGUGAACCACACAGGACACAUUCGCUGGGACAGGAUGCUGCGGCUUGUCUCAGCCUGCAACCUGGAGAUUUUCAGUUUUCCUUUCGAUGUGCAGAACUGCACAUUUACAUUUGGCUCUUACAUGCAUACAAUACGUGAUGUGAGACUCAGUCCAGCUCUGACUUUCAGUGAGAUGUCAGAAAACUCAAAGCAAUACCUGGAAGCCAGUGGAGAGUGGGAGCUGGUGGACUUAUUGGGGGAGACGUCCAUUCUGCGGUUUGGGAUUGACGAGUGGGACAUCAUCACCUUUUGGGUGGUCAUAAAGCGGCGUCCAGUGCUCUAUGUGGUUAAUCUCCUGAUCCCGAGCUCCUUCCUCAUGCUCAUAGACAUCCUGUCAUUCUACCUGCCCCCCCAUAGUGUGGACCGAGCCUCCUUCAAAAUGACCCUGAUCCUGGGUUACACUGUUUUCCUGCUCAUCAUGAAUGAUCUGCUGCCCAGCACAGCCAAUGGGACUCCCAUCAUAGGUAUCUAUUUCUCUGUGUGUCUGGCUCUCAUGGUCAUCAGCCUCCUGGAGACAGUCAUCAUUACCAAUGUCCUCCAUCACAGCUCCAUGAAGUACCAGGAAGUUCCAAACUGGGUUAGAGUUGUUGUCCUUAAGCAUAUAGCCAACCUGAUCUGCUACCGCUGGCCCGACGAUGUUCGUCCAAGUCAUAAAGCACAGGAGGAUAAACCUGGAAGCUCAAGCUGUGGCACAGAAGCUUGGGUGAUCCAGCCGGUCAACCAAGCUGCCGACAGGCAUACAGCCACCAAUGCAGAUACAGUUUCUCUCCCUGAGCUGCAGCUCAUCUGUCAGUACCUGAAGGACCUCCGAGCACAUCUUCUGUCUGUGCAGAAGGAGAGCGAGCUGCUGGACCAGUGGUGUCACGUGGGAUACGUCCUUGACUUCCUGCUCUUUCGUAUCUACUUGCUCCUGAUCAGCUGCUACGCCAUGGUCAUCAUUACUAUGUGGUGCAUCUGGAUUAGCCAAUCUGAUGGUGUAUUCGUGAUGUUUCAUAUCAAACAUUUGGCACAAAUCCUCAUCUUUUUCACACUGUUUCAUGGUCGUGUUGCAGUUUUGAACUGCACCAGUCCAACCCCAGACUCCCUGUAUGCAGAGCUUGAUAAACACUUGUUCCCCAGAAAACUCAUCCCCCCCAAACAAAACUUUUCAGAAGUGCUCAGGAUAAAUGUCGGCAUCACUGUGGUCGGGAUUUUAGGAGUGGAUGAAAAAUCUCAAACAGUAUCAACUUUCUUAUGGGAGGUCCUGGAGUGGAAUAUAGCAGGACUCAGCUGGGAUGAGGAGACAUGUGGAGCAGAAAAAGUAUCUGUGCCUCGGGAAAAACUGUGGAUUCCAGAUGUGCAUAUUGCAGAGUUCAUGAAUGAAGACAAAUCUCCUACGACUCCUUAUGUUUACUUAUACAAUACAGGUGAUGUUUACGAUGAUAGGCCUAUCAGAGUGGUCAGCUCCUGCAAGUUAGAAAUCUACACUUUUCCCUUUGAUGUCCAGAAUUGCUCGCUGACUUUUGGAUCAUAUUUACACUUCGACACGGACAUACAGCUGUUUCCAGGCACGACAGCAGAAAAGAUUUUCAAUGAGUCCAUUGCUGUGCUAAAGACAAACGGAGAAUGGGAGCUUUCCAAAAUAACCAUGACUCAGCAUAACCUUACAUUAGACAACGUAUCUUACUCUGAGGUCAUAUUUAAUCUGUUCCUCCGGCGCAGACCAACCCUAUAUGUGGUGAAUCUUUUGGUACCCAGCUGCUUCCUUGUUGCUGUGGAUCUCUUCAGCUUCAUGCUACCUCCUGAAAGUGUAGACCGAUCAUCCUUCAAGAUGACCCUGAUCCUCGGCUACACCGUCUUCCUUCUUAUUAUGAAUGACUUGCUCCCGGUACCAGGACAAAGAACACCUCUGAUCAAUGUGUUUUUCUCCAUCACUCUGGCUCUGAUGGUGGCCAGUCUUCUAGAAACCGUCUUCAUCACAAACAUCCAGCACAGCUCCAGCCAGUACAGUGACGUGCCCCACUGGCUCAGUGUGCUGGUAUUACGUUAUCUUGCAAUCAUCGUAUGUAUUCCUCCCAAAAAAAAGAGCAACAGAGUAACAGUCCACCUCAAUCCAUCUUACAAAGCAGAUCCAACAACAGAUAAGAACUCAAUAACUGUCUUGGGAGAUCAGAGUAUCUUUAAGGAUCCACUGCCAGUGGUGGCCUCCAACCCCCCUGCUGCCACACCAGACCUGACUCUCGACGAGCUGAGGAAGCUGACCAGAGAUCUCACAGCCAUCCGUCUCCAGGUGGACAAACAUUUCCAGGGAUCCAAAAGUGCUGAGGAAUGGAAAAUGAUUGGAAUAGUAAUAGACCGUCUGCUGUUCUGCUUUUAUAUCCUCCUCAUUGUUACGAGCUUCAUCACCGUCAUCGUGAUCUGGACAUGGAAUGAUACACACACUGCAUGAUUUAGGUUUAAAGGAAUAAAAACAUAAACAUUUGUUAGUUCUGUUUUUGAACUGAGAGUGUAUGGGAGAUGGGGCCAGUUUUAAAAAUAAAUCAAAAUAUAUUUCAGCUUAAAGGUAUAGUGGAGGAUGUUCUUUUUCCGGGUGGAUCAUCAAAAUAAGUGGUCCUCCUAAUUGUCAAUCAUUCUGGUGAUGU